AGAAAUGCAUCAUUGUUAGUCUUUUAUAUCACAAAUAUCAGAUAAUUAAACCGCUUUACGGGUCCGUUUUACAGCAGAACACUGCUAGGUUACGGUUCUGUUGGCGCUUUGCUCUUCAUUUUCCAUGAUAUGGAAAACUAGGAAACUGCUAACAAACUAGCCGGAGGAUUUAGCGCCCCCAGAACUACGUUUCCCAUGAGCGAGUGCGUCAAACGUGUUUUUGUAGGAAGUGCCGCUGUCAGAGCAUUAGUGUGUCAUCCGGUUGAGGAGUGGAGGACUGAGAGCAAGCUUUCGGCAGCAGACAGAGUUAUAUCAGUGCACCCACAGUGUAGGCUGCAUACGGACGAAACUGCGACCGAAUGAAACCGAAAGCGACUUAAAUAAGGCAGCCAGUGUAGUGUGUCACCUCUCCACGCUAGGCCAUGAAUAAACAGCCGAGCAAGGAGAGUCUUAGGGACAAGGUGAAGGGGAUCUUUGGGCUGGGAACAGCGAGGCCGCCAAAUAAACAGACCGACACCAAACCCUCAGAGUUCAUCAUCACAGCUGACAUUAUCAAGGAGCUGCAGCCAGACUGUGGCCUGAGCAACCGCAUUCGCAUGAUGAACCACAUCUGCGAUCUGGCCAAGAGUAAAAAAUUUGAGGACAAUGCUGUGGAGGCUGUGUGGAAAGCUGUGGAGGACAUGCUGGCUCCAGAGCAGCCACCAGAGUCCAGACAUGCUGUCCUACAGCUACUUCGAGCCAUCAUACAGGGACAGGGAGAGCGGCUCGGUCCUCUGAGAGCCUACUUUUUCAAGGUGGUCAGGGACUACCAACCGUCCAACGAAGACCUCUCAGACAGACUAGAAGUGUUUAAGGCCUUGACAGAAAACGGGAAGGACAUCACAUACCUGGAGGAGGAUAUAGCACGAUUUGUCCUCCUGUGGAUGGACAUAGGCCUUACCUCAGAUUUUCUCCACGUUUUGGUAAAUUUAGUGAAGUUCAACAGCUGCUACCUGGACCAGAACGUCUCCCUCAUGGUCCAGAAUAUCUGUCUGUUGUGUAACAGAACAACUUCCUCAACAGACAUUGAGGUGGCUCUACAAGUGCUGGAUGCGGUAGUGUGCUAUAACUGCCUGCCCUCAGAGUCUCUCACCGUCUUCAUCAUCACACUCUGUCGGACCGUCAACGUCAAGGAGUUUUGUGAAUCCUGCUGGAAGCUGAUGAGGAAGGUGUUGGGGACUCACCUCGGCCACAGUGCUAUUUACACCAUGUGCCGCAUCAUGGAGGAGAGGAUGUACAUGGAGGACGCACCAUUGUUAAGAGGAGCAGUAUUCUUUGUAGGAAUGGCACUUUGGGGUGCGCACAGACUCCCCGCGCUCAAAAACACACCAACACUUGUUCUGCCAUCUUUUUACAAGGCCAUGUCAAGUGCCAAUGAAGUGGUCUCCUAUGAAAUCGUCCUCUCCAUCACAAGACUGAUCAAGAAGUACGGCAAAGAGCUGCAGGUGGUCACUUGGGACAUCCUGCUGGGCAUCAUAGAGCGACUGCUGCAGCAGAUCCAGACGAUAGGCAGUGCGGAGUUGAAGGCCAUCGUGUACGAGCUGCUGACCACAGUGGAAGAGCUUUAUGAGCAGAACGGUUACCACGGCUCCACAGAGAAGUUCUUCAGUCUAGUCGAGAAAUGUGCUGAUAAGAGACCUGAUGCGUCAGUGCUGACCCUCAUCUCGUACAGGGCCCAGUCUAUCCAGCCCGCUAAGGACGGCUGGAUCCAGAGUCUCUACCGUCUUAUGGAGAAAUUCUUCAGGAAUGAGAAUCGCAGUGUGAUUAGGAUCAAAGUUCUUCAUAUCCUCUCCUUUGUCCUCAGCACCAACCGACAGCUCUAUGAGGAUGAGUUAAUUGAAACGGUGGUGAUCCCUCAGCUCGGUGGGAUAGCUGAAGACCGGGAUCUGGCUGUCAGGAAACAGGCCACCCAGCUGCUGGUGGACCUCGCUGAGGGCUGCAACACACACCACUUCACCAGCCUGCUGGACAUCAUAGAACGUGUGGCCAGCCGCUCUCUGGUGUGUUCGGGGCCCCUGGAAGUUUCUGAGAGAGACCCCAUGGCAGAGUCUCCUAUGGAGGAUGUCAGGACCGCCAUACUGGGCCUGCUGGAAAUCCUGCAGAGCAAAUUGUACAGCCAACCAGCUAGCCACGCCAGUCGUGUUUACGAGUUGCUUAUCAGCCACCUGCAGCUUCACUACAAGAACAAGUACUGUUCAGCCAUCGCUUCCAGUAUUAGACUACAGGUGUUUGACUUCUUCCUAAUGAUGCGCGCAGAUUCUCUUCACCGUCUUGGGGUUCCUAACAAAGAUGGCGCCAUGAGAUUCAGCCCUUACUGCUACUGUGACACAGGCGAACCAGAGAAGCGUGUCACUGAAAAGAAACCAACAGGCUCGACGUCUCCUCCUGCUGGCAGUCCUGUCCCCCCUGCAGCUCCUCCCGCAUCAGCAGCCUCGAUACGCUCGGCCUACCUUCCCUACGCACCUGCCUUCAGUGUCCUUCUGCAGUGCCUCAAGAUGGAGACAGAUUGGAAGGUUCUGAAGCUUGUCCUUGACAAGCUGCCGUGGACACUACAAUACAAAGUCUUGCUGCUCACGUCACAGUGCAGCUUAGACCAACUGUGCUCUACACUCUGCUGCAUGGUCACGGAUCGUCUUAUCUCGGAGCGUUUGAAGAAAACACCAGAAGGGUUCUCCCGCACGGACGUUCAGCUGGCAGUGGUCCCCGUCCUUAAGGCGAUUACCUCCUACCAUAAUUACCUGGAGCAGUCGAGACAGAGAGAGCUGGUUCAGUGCCUCGAGACGGGUCUCAUUUACCGCUGUGCCAAGCAGUGUGUGGUGGCACUCACCAUGUGCACGGUGGAGAUGCCUGAUAUCAUGAUCAAGCUGCUCCCCGCUCUCAUCGUCAAGCUCACCCACAUCUCUGCUACAGUUGCCAUGGCAUCACCUAUGCUUGAGUUUCUCUCCACUCUGGUGCGCCUCCCCCAUCUUUAUGCCAACUUUGUAGCUGAGCAGUAUGUGAGCGUGUUUGCCAUCUCGCUACCCUACACUAAUCCCUCUAAGUUCAAUCAGUACAUCGUGUCCCUGGCCCACCAUGUCAUAGCUAUGUGGUUCAUACGCUGCAGACUCCCAUUCCGCAAGGACUUUGUCCAGUAUAUCACAAAGGGUUUGCGUUCCAACGCCCUGCUUCCGUUCGAUGACAGCCACGAGCAAAGCCCGUUUCGCGCCCGAAGCACCAGCCUCAACGAAAGGCCCAAGAGUCUGCGGGCGGCAAAAGUGGCAAAGGCAGCAGCAGCGGUAGCCAAUAGCAGCAGCUCUCCAGUUAAAGAGCUGAGGGACCUAUCAGCUAUGGACGCUUUCCGCUCCCGCAGCAUCAGUGUCUCCGAACAUGCGGUCCGCAGGAUGCAGACCUCAACCACCACCUGCAGUCUGGGCUCUGCAGAUGAAAAUGCAGUAACUCAGGCAGACGAGGGGCUGAAGACUGUCCACCUGGAGCUCACGGAGACAUGCCUGGACAUGAUGGCACGAUAUGUCUUUUCUAACUUCUCUGCGCUGCCAAAGAGGUCCCCCAUCGCCGAGUUCCUGUUGGCAGGCGGUCGCAGUUUGACGUGGCUGGUGGGCAACAAGCUGGUGACCAUAACUACGAGCGGAGGAGUCCGAACACAAGCACUACUGGGCCUGGAUAUGUCUGAGCGUCUGGGAGGAGGCGGGGAAAUGACCAGGUCGGAUCCGUCACUGCACACCAGAAUGACCAAAGAGGCUCCAGCCAAACUGGAGUCACAGUCAAGUCAGCAGCACAGCAGGGCCACACGUAUACGAGUCCGCUCCAUGUCAGGUGGCCACGCUCUCCGUGCUGGUCCUGCUCAGAGUCUAAGUCCUCUGGUGUCCCCUUCGGAGGGCGAGUUAGCUGCUCCGUUGUCUCCCUCCUCUGGUCCUGCCCUGGAUAGUUUGGGCCCUCCCUCCUCCAACUCUGCCACUGCAUCUGCUCCUCCGCCUCUCAAAGACAACCCCAGCCUGGCUGAGUUUGUCCCCAUGCUCACACAGGGGUGGGCAGAGAUCUUCAUACGGAGGCCAUCAGGCAACACGAGCUGGUUGAUGUGUUUGGAGAAUCCGCCCAGCCCCUUCUCCUCUGAGCUUGGUAACAUGCCGCUUCAGGAGCUCUCUAGUGUCUUAAUGGCAAUGGAAGGAUUGAAAGAGCCUCCUAGUCAGACGGCCAGCGCUCCCGCCAGCACAGCUGCACCCCCGCCUGUCCCCGAGCCCCUACCCCAAACACAUAGCAAUGUGGGGGGAAAGGCAAACCUGAUCCAACGCUCCAAUACUGUGGGUGACUCUCUCUGGUCUCUGGGUCUGGGCACUGCCCCCCCAGGCCCCCCGGCCCCUGGCAGGUUGCACAGGAGCAUUUCCUGGGCAGACUCUGUGGUGGUGCUGGAGGAGGGGUCGGGGGUCACCGCUGCACACACCCCUCCUGACUGGCUGGAGAGUGAAGAGUUUGAGCCAAUGCCCUCUGAUCCCAUCUUCAUGUCUGCUGACAAGUUCACAAAGACCCCGCCGCCGGGGACACUCAGCAGGUCAUCCUCCACCUCCAGUCAAGAUGAUGAAAAGUCGACUCUGGAAGAAGUGAGCGAGGGAGCGAUUCCCAUUGAUCAGCCCACGCUGGGUCCGUCCACCCCCGGCAGCCAGGGUCCCGACCUUCUCUUCCAGAGCCACACUCAGUCCCAGAGCCACGGGCUUAACAAGUCCAGCUCAUCUCCGGAGCUCCAAACAUUACCUGAAGCCUUCACCAAAGCUGCCAUGGAGUCAGAGAACGAUUUGGAAGACACACCUCGACCCAGAGCUCCCUCGGAUGGUAAACCUCAACCCCAGCAGCCUCAUUUUGAAAAAGACAAAGUGGAAGGAGGCACGGGAGGGGACAUUAAUGGACAGGGCAGUCAAAGUCUAGGAGCUGAAGGCCUGGGUGUAGCGCCGUCUCAGAGCGGAGGAGCAGUGUUGAGGCUGGCUUUUCCAGCAGCUCCAGCGCAACCUGGACCCAUCUCCCCCAGCGGAGGCCACCGGCCACGGGGACACACCAUUUCCGUGUCAGCGCCCUCCUCCAGGAGGGAGAGGAGGACAGAGAGGGACUCCUACCACAGUCGACCUGGACCCAGCAACACAGAGAAAAUCUCUGGACUCAGUCCCAGCUUUGUCUUCCUUCAGCUGUACCACUCUCCUUUCUUUGGGAAUGAAGCCAACAAGCCGCUGCUGCUGCCCAAAACCCAGGUGAUAGAUCGUGCUGUGAAGGUUCUGGACCAGAUGCCUCCUUAUGACACCCAUAAGAUCGGAGUGGUGUUUGUUGGAGCCGGUCAGGUUAACAAUGAGGUUGCCAUCCUGUCGAAUGAGUAUGGUUCGAACAGGUACGCUGCCUUCCUCACAGGCCUUGGGAAGUUGAUCCACCUGAAAGACUGCGACCCCGACCAGAUCUUCCUGGGAGGGCUUGACCAGUACGGAGAUGACGGCGAGUUCACUUACUGCUGGCACGACGACAUCAUGCAGGCUAUCUUUCACAUUGCCACGCUGAUGCCCAACAGAGAGAGCGACAAGGGCUGCUGCAACAAAAAACGACAUAUUGGCAACGAUUUUGUCAUGGUGGUGUACAACGACUCUGGAGAGGAGUACAAACUGGGCACAAUCAAGGGUCAAUUUAACUUUGUGGAAGUCAUUAUAAAACCACUGGAUUAUGAAUGUAACCUUGUCACUCUCCAGUGCCGCAAAGACCUUGAAGGGUUAGUAGACACAACGGUGGCGAAAAUAGUUUCAGACCGCAACCUUCCUCUCUUAGUCAGACAGAUGGCUCUGCAUGCAAAUAUGGCCUCUUUGGUGCAUCAGUACCGAGCAAACCCCUCAGAUGCGUACGCCUCUAAAUGGCUAGCAAGGUUGCGACACAUUAAGAGGAUCAGGACCAGAGCUCAAGAAGACAUUCAGUCCCGCUCGACUCCCGGCAUCUCGCUGACCCAAGGACACACUCAGCAGAGCAAGUCUUUUCAGCAGAGCACUCCAGCACCGAACCCCGAAGCCUCCGGGCAGAGGAAAAGACUUGUAUCAACAGUGGAUGACUUCACGGAUUUUGUUUGAUUACAUCUUUUGUCCUGGCAGAUACUCACAUGCACAACGGCAAGCAGCGUGUGUUUGUGUGUAAAUUUGUGUAUGGAAUAAAAAGUGACCAUGAAAAAGGUU